AAUUCUUCAAUUCCGAUAAAGCCGGUUGGCGUCGUCAUUCAGAUUUGAAAAUGUCGGAUCUGAAUUCUCAGAUAAUAGUUCAGGGAGAUAAAAUCCGCGAUUUGAAGACAGCUAAAGCAUCGAAGGAUGCUAUUACUGCAGAAGUCAAAAUUCUUCUAGAAUUGAAAGCUAAAUACAAGAGUGAGACUGGCCAGGACUGGAAACCAGAUUCAACUGCUCCUGCCCCUGCUGCAGCUGGCGGAAAUACAAAGGAAUCAGAGCUGAGUAGUAAAAUCCAAGCUCAAGGGGAGAGCGUAAGAAAGCUGAAAGCCGAGAAAGCUGCCAAAGAUCAGAUUGAUGGAGCUGUAAAAACCCUGUUGGCUUUAAAGGCCGAGUUCAAGGCAGCUACUGGCAAGGAUUGGAAACCUGAAGCUGCUCCCGUCAAAGCUUCUGCUCCUGCUAAAACUGCUGCUCCAGCAAAAGCAUCAGUAGCAGCUGCCCCAGCGGCUCCUAGUCUGACCGGUAAAGCUGCGGAAAUUGAUGUGAAGAUUAAGGCUCAAGGAGAGAAAGUGAGAGAGCUGAAAGCUGCCAAAGCUGCUAAACCUGAUGUAGAAGCAGCAGUCAACGCUCUUCUUGAACUUAAAGCAGCUUUUAAAGCUGAGACAGGUUCAGACUGGAAACCAUCUACAUCUUCAGCUCCUGAGGUCAAGAAGGAGAAGGGGAAGGAGAAUAAGGCCCCGGUGAAGGAGAAGGAGGAUGGGGAGAAGUCAGAUACACAGAAGAAGAGGGAAGCUAAGAAGGCAGAGAAAGCUGCAAAGAAGGCCACCCAUAAGGUAGAUGAGGGUAAGGAUGGAGCCCAGCAGGAUGAGAAUGAAGGACCUGAUGUAUCUGAAGGGAACUACGGUGUCCAGGAGAUGAACCAAAGUAAGAACAAGGGUUCUGUCACCAUCACCGCUGUCAAGGACUUGAAACCUAAGAUGGCUGGAAAUGUUGUUUAUAUCAGAGGAAGACUUCACACCUCCAGGGCUAAAGGAAAGCAGUGUUUCUUCGUAAUUCGUGAACAGCAGGACACUGUCCAGUGCCUCGGGUUCGUCAACGAGAGGAUCAGUAAACAGAUGGUCAAGUUCAUCUCCCAUAUCAGCAAGGAGAGCAUCGUGGACGUCCAGGCGGAGGUGGUCAAGGCAGCAGAGAAGAUAGAGAGCUGUACACAACAGAAUAUAGAACUGCAUGUACACCAGGUCUGGGUUGUAUCUGCCUCUGACCCCCAGCUACCACUACAGAUAGAGGACGCUGCCCGGAGAAUAUCGGACGAAGACGAAGGAACCUUUGCUCGGGUCAACCCGGAUACUAGACUUGAUAACCGUGUUCUGGAUUUAAGAACCCCGGCCAAUCAGGCAAUAUUUAGACUUGAAGCAGGAGUUUGCCAUCUUUUUAGAGAGUCCUUGGCUGGCAAAGGAUUUGUGGAGAUCCAUACUCCGAAAAUAAUUAGUGCAGCAAGUGAGGGUGGAGCCAAUGUUUUCAAGGUGUCCUACUUCAAAGGAUCCGCCUACCUGGCCCAGUCUCCCCAGCUCUACAAGCAGAUGGCCAUUGCAGCAGAUUUUGACAGAGUCUACACUGUCGGAGGUGUAUUCAGAGCAGAGGAUUCUAACACCCAUAGACAUCUAACUGAAUUCGUUGGACUUGAUUUAGAAAUGGCGUUCAAGUUUCAUUACCACGAGGUUCUUGACGUUAUAGGAGAUAUGUUUACGGAGAUGUUCAAGGGACUGCGGGACAGAUACCAGAAUGAGAUUCAAACCGUGUGUGUCCAAUACCCUCAUGAACCCUUCAAGUUCCUUGAUCCACCUCUUCGACUGGAAUUCCCAGAAGCUGUUCAGAUGUUGAGGGAAGCUGGAGUAGAAAUGGGAGAUGAAGACGACCUCUCAACCCCUGCAGAGAAACUACUCGGCCGUCUUGUCAAGGCUAAAUACGACACUGAUUUCUUUAUCCUUGAUAAGUUUCCUCUGGCUGUUCGUCCUUUCUACACUAUGCCAGAUCCAGCUAAUAACAUGUAUUCAAACUCUUACGACAUGUUUAUGCGGGGUGAAGAAAUCUUAUCAGGGGCGCAAAGGAUUCAUAACGCGCAGUACUUGACUGAGCGCGCCAAGCACCAUGGAAUAGAAUUGCACACUAUUUCUUCUUACAUUGAUUCCUUCCGAUACGGUUGUCCUCCUCACGCUGGUGGUGGAAUAGGUAUGGAGAGAGUAACUAUGUUGUAUCUUGGUCUGGAUAAUAUCAGGAAAACAAGUAUGUUCCCUAGGGAUCCUAAGAGGAUCACUCCGUAGACGUGAGAUCACUCCAUCUUCUUUUUGGAUCCCUAAUCCUUUCCUUUUAAAGAGCUGGCAAGGGAAGCCUUAUCUGUGAUUUUCCAAUUACAGUCUGAAGAAAUUUUUUUCAGA